CAGAGGAUAUGGUGAAGGAUGGCUAUGAAGAUAUAAUGAACAUCGACAUAUCAUCAGUGGCUAUUGACAUGAUGAGAAGGAAAUAUGAACAGGUUCCGCAAAUGAAAUACAUGAAAAUGGAUGUUAGGGACAUGAGCUUUUUUCCCGAUGACUCAUUCCAUAGUGUGAUUGAUAAAGGAACUCUGGAUUCAUUAAUGUGUGGGAACAAUGCUCCAAUCAGUGCUGUUAAUAUGCUGGGGGAGGUGAGCAGGCUUCUUAAACCCGGAGGAGUCUAUCUGUUGGUAAUGUUAACCCUAAUGUCUAUUACUUAUGGUGACCCUACUGUAAGAAUUCCUCAUCUAAAUCGAUCAGUGUACAGUUGGAAGAUAGAACUAUACAUUAUACCUAGACCUGGAUUUCAAAAGCCAGCCGAUUCCGCCUCUUCAGCAAAAUCAUUCUUGGAACCUGUUCCUAUCACUGAAAAGGGACAACUUCCUGCAGAUUAUGUUUUAGAAGAUCCAGAUUCUCAUUUUAUAUACAUUUGUAAAAAGACUGGCGAACCAAUUGAUUUAAGCAACAAGUCUCCCUAUUCUUUGUCACUAUAGGGUGAACUUGGAGCUUAGGAUGUUAUUCAUCUCUAAGCUCUGAGGUUGGCUGUAGUUUCAUUGUGAUUAUAGAAGCUUGUAAAACUUUCAGCUAGCUACCAGCUCCCUCCUCAUAGGGGCAUUCCUGUGAUGGAAUAGUCCUGCAUUCUGGGUUGAGGAGGUUAUUCUGUUUGGGAUAAUUUUUCUAGCAGUGAUGUAGAAUGGGGUAAAAAAUUAAUAAUUGAUCCCUCACUAGAAAUUACUAGCUGGGAUAUUCUUGCCUCUCAGGGCCCUUGUUCUGUACUUGAAAACAAGGAUAUUCUUUUCCACAGUAAAACGUAAUAAAGUUUUUCCUUCCUUUUUUCUUCA